AUGCUCCGUGAUAUGCGCGGCGUGCUACCAGAAGGUAUCGGUGACGCCGCUCUCAAGGAGUUCUGGCUACAGAAGCUGCCACCAGCCAUUCUCACCGUAAUUUCUGGGCUCGACGGAUCGUUGGAUUCUUUGGCUGAACGUGCCGACCGAGUUAUGGACGCAAGUACCUCACGCGAAAUUUCCGCUGUGUCCGACCAUUGUUGCCGUUCGAUGGAAAGUGCGUUCGCAGCGUUAACCGCGCAGAUUGCUGCUCUCGUCACGUCACAAUCCACGCAAAACCGUCAACCUCGUUCGGGAAACCGCUCACGCACGCGAUCGCGCACCCGUUCACAGUCUCGACAGCGUAAUAAAGACUUGUGCUACUACCACGACCGCUUUGGUAAAGAUGCCAAAAACUGCCGCGAUCCUUGCAACUUCAACUCAAAAAACUGCUAG